CCAAGAACAAGAGAAAAAUUUGCCGCCAAAUUUAUUGUUGUAAACACAGUAGUGCCAGAAAUGAAGGUAACAACCCCCGAGAUAUCCUGGCAUGAACGUGAUCCUGUAUACAGUGCCGAUUUCCAACCCGGAAAACACAACAUCCAGAGAAUCGUCACAGCUGGUGUUGACAAAUAUGCCAGGAUAUGGAAAGUAUCUGUUGAUACAGAGGGAAAAUGCAGUGUGGAAUUUCUAUCCAACUUGAAGAGACAUUCAAAGUCUGUAAAUGUCUGCCGGUUUUCUCCAGAUGGAGAAUAUUUGGCAACAGCUGGUGAUGAUGAAGUUGUGAUAUUAUGGAAGUUGAGUGAUUCUACAGCAAACCCCGGAAAUCUCUUCCAAGAGGACGAUGAAGACAACAAAGAAACUUGGGUCACCUGUAAAGUUUUCAGAGGCCACUUAGAGGAGGUAUAUGACUUGAGUUGGUCUUCAGACAGCAAGAGAAUAGUAUCAGGAUCUAUGGAUAACACAGCCAUUUUAUGGGAUGUUGUCAAAGAACAAAAAAUUGCCAUGUUUAAUGAGCACAGAAGUUUUGUCCAGGGAGUAGCCAUGGAUCCACUAAAUGAAUACAUUGCCACCAUGAGCACAGACAGGUCUUGUAGGAUAUUUAAUCUCUCCAGCAAAUCCUGUGUCUACAAUGUCUCCAAGAUGUCUCUGCCUGUUCCGAAAAACUCAGAGGGUAAUCCUGACGUAAAGCCAAAGUCUUUCCGCAUGUUCCAUGACGACACGAUGAGGUCAUUUUUCAGACGGCUAAGUUUUUCCCCUGAUGGGGAGAUUCUUAUAGUUCCAGCAGGAUGUAUGGAAAUGGGGGAGAAUAAAAUCAUCAACUCCACAUACCUACUGCCAAGAUCCUGUCUGAACAAGCCCGCAGCUUACCUACCUAGUCCUCAGAAAAUCACAAUCUGUGUCAGGUGUUGUCCUUGUUAUUUCAAACUACAGAAAAACAAUGAAAACUCACCAGAUCAUUCAAAUAAUAACAAGAAAGAAUGGGAAAAGUGCUCAUCAUUAUUUGCGUUACCGUACAGAAUGGUAUUUGCAGUAGGUACAGAGGACUCUGUCUUGUUGUAUGACACUCAGCAACAGUCUCCAUUUGCUUACAUUAGUAAUAUACACUAUCAUCAACUCAGUGAUUUAGCAUGGAGUCCAGAUGGACGGACCCUCCUGGUUAGCUCCACCGAUGGUUACUGUACAUUUAUCCAUUUUGGCAAAGAUGAACUUGGGGAACUAUACACAGAAACAAAAGUUGAAAGUUCAGAGGUCAAAGAGGAGAAAGAGAAUACACCAUCGGAAAAGUCAAGUCCAACUGCUUCCUCAGUCAGUUCAAAGUCGGAAGAACCAGUCAUUAUGGAUACAGAUAGUGGAGAUCUAAAUCUGGUGUUGGAGACCACGAACGAUGCUACCUCACCAAUAGUAACCACUCAAAACCAGACAGACAUGUCUGAAAAUAGUGCCAAAAAGGACGCUAAUGAUUCAAUCAAAGCUAGCACACCCUCGGGUGUCCAGACCACUCCCUUAGGACCAGGCAAAGAGGGGACCAGACAACAAAAUUCUAGCACCCCCUCGGCAAGGAGUAAAAGUGAGGCGGGGGCUAAAGGGACCCCUACUGGGCAGCCAAGGAGGAUUCAGUUUAUUACUCUGUCCAGUGGGAAAGCAUCUUGAAAAGAUAAUUUUACGUGAAUAUUUGAGGAAAAACAUAUAUGAUGUUAGAAGUAUUGAAAGCUAUUGGUCAUACUUACUGGUAAUGUUGUGUACUUGGAAGAGAAAAUAAUGUGGGUGGAAUUUGAUUGAACUGUGCAUGGUGUAUUCCAAACUGUAGAUGGCUGUGCUGUUUUUAGGUGAAACUGUUCGUUUUUGUCGACGAGGUGCCAGUCUGUCCACAUGGUCAGAAAUACAAUAGGAAUUUUAUGCACCAGGAGAGCUUCGCUGUUUCUUCUAUUGGUCCAAGAGACUUGAGUCUAUUUAUGUGUUAAUGAUAUUCUGUUUUCUCAGUAGGAAUGGGCUUGAGUGUAUUUACAUGUAAAUGCAAUUCUGCUUGCUCAGUAAGAAUAAAGUUUAUCCCUUUGUUACUGCAAAUCAAAUGGAACAACUCAUGAUGUAUACUUCAUGUUGACAGUAGCAUAAAACUUGCCCUUUGCUGACAGUUAGUUGGCUUGAUUGAUAAGGAGUUUAUAAGUGGUAGCAUAUACAUAUGUCAUAUGUUUAUUUCUAUUUAUUAUUUUUGUAAGCCAAUUUACUAGUUAGAUUUUUAAUACUAUGAAUACAGUACAUGAGCAUAUGUAACUAACUUUUUAAGAAGAGGCAGGAAAUAAAAAAGUGCCAUCACAAUUUUGUAUUUUCUGCUGUUCACUAUAGCACAGACUGAGGAAAUUUUAUACGCUUGUCAUAGACAGGAAAU